UGUCAACGGUUGCGUAAAAGAACAGAUAAUCGUGUUUUGUAGUGUUUAAUGUAACCGCUAAGCGUUGUGUUUCGUAUUAUUGAAUACAAUGGAUGACGAAGAUAUGUUGAAGCCCUUAGUGAAGUUAAUUCAGGAUGGACAGCUGUGUAAGAUUAGAAAGCAGCUGGAUGAAGUAAGCGGAAUGAAACAGUGUAUAAAUGCACAUUUUGGGAAGUCGGGAGACACUGUGUUGCACUAUGCUUCCAGACAUGGUCACAUAGACAUUGUACGAUUUUUCGUUGAGGAAAUGUGCAUGGACAUUGAGCUAUACAAUAGUGAUUAUAAGAGAGCUUUACAUGAAGCUGCUUCUAUGAGUCAUGAGCAAUGUGUUCGUUAUCUCAUCAACCGAGGAGCAAAAAUCGACUGUUUAAAGAAGGCAGACUGGACUCCUCUCAUGAUGGCCUGUACCCGUCGGAACCUUGAGGUUAUCAAAGUGCUUCUGUACCAUGGUGCUGACCCAACUCUUCAGAAUAAAGAUGGCUGGAACUCGUUUCACAUCGCAUGCAGAGAGGGUGAUCCAGCUGUGAUCGAGCACCUACUGUGCGUUAGGCCUGAGGUCUGGAUGACAGAAAGCAAGACUCGUCGAACUCCACUACAUACUGCAGCUAUGCAUGGCUGUCUGGAAGUUGUCGGGAUACUUCUUGAUAAGUGUAAUUAUAAGCCAGAUGAGAAAGACAGCUGUGGAGUGACUCCUUUUAUGGAUGCAGUAAGAAAUGGACAUCUUGCUGUUACCAAGCUCUUGCUCGAGAAACACCAAGCCUCUCCCACUGCUGUGGAUAUUCUGGGAGCACAGCCCUUACACCAGGCCUCUGUCACAGCACAAGAAGAGGCUUUACGUUUUCUUGUGCAGGAUUUGCAUGUUGACGUGAAUGUAAAAGCCACAAAACUGGAGCUUACGGCCCUACAUUAUGCUGCUAAGGAGGGUCACACAAGCACCAUAAAAGCCCUGCUACAGUUGGGUGCUGAUCUUCAUGCAAGGGAUAAGAAAGGAAGAUCAGCCUUGCAUAUGGCAUGCAUUGGCCAGCAUGCCAUCACAGCCAGGACCCUACUGCAACUCGGACUUAAGGAUGAAGAGGACAGUACAGGCACUAUGGCCAGGCAAUAUGCCAGGAAACCAGAUAUAAUCAAAGUGUUCAAGACCCCUGAUGAGCCAGAGACUUAAAUAUCUGCUAUCAGAAUAAACUGUAAAAAAUGUUUUAAUAAAGCACAUCUUUU